AUGCGUAAGGAGUCUAACCUGCAAUCUGGUCCGCUGUGGGUGAGUCCUACGGCUGGGGUGCAAGAAAAAAAACGGUUGCCAAGUCAGGAGAGGGAACCCCAUGAACUCUGUGGCACCGCAGUCUCAAGGACAGGAAUGAAACACUUCGUGCGUGACAAGUCCUGGGAGAGUAAGGUCGUCCUUGCUGAGGCUCACGGGAGACGUAGUCCGAGCGGAAGGGGCCUCGUAGGUGCAGGAUUGGCCAGGCUGGUGGGGCAAAGCGCGCGAGGCGGGGCGUUCUCUCCAAAAAGGACCUUCAUAACAAGAAUGCCAUCUCCUCUGGGUCCCCGACACCUAUCCCUCAGAGACUGCAAGACCACCCUUGAGGAGCCUGAGGCUGCACGACUCAGAUUCCGAAGUUUCUGCUAUGAGGAAGUAGAGGGUCCCCGAGAGGCACUGACCCAGCUUCGAGUAUUGUGUCACCAGUGGCUGCAGCCUGAGUCAUGUUCCAAAGAGCAGAUGAUAGAGUUGCUGGUUUUGGAGCAGUUCCUGGGUGUGUUGCCCCCUGAGAUCCAGGCCUGGGUGCGAGGGCAGCGACCAGGAAGCCCUGAGGAGGCUGCAGCCCUUGUUGAGGGGCUGCAACAUGAUCCUGGGCAACUGCUGGGCUGGAUCACAGCCCACAUCCUGAAGCCAAAGAUGCUUCUUACAGUCCAGAAGAGGAAGGAGUCCUCAGGGAGCCACCACAUCUCAGUAGCAACGAAAUCCUCUGAGGCAGGCCCUGCAGAGGCACCACAAGAUGCCAGGAUAGACAAAGCUACCCAAAUCAAUUGCGGUGUGAAGGAGGAAGCCAGUGCUGAUGGACAGGAGAUAGUAUCUGCAAGCCCUCUCCUUCCAGCCCAGGCCCUUAAGGGACAUCUUGAACACCAGGAACCAGCCGCCACAUCCUUCCAACCCGGAAGGAUCCAGGAGUGGGGCCUGUUGGACUCGUUACAAAAAGAGCUGUACUGUGGUGUGAUGCUGGAGAAGUAUGGCAUAGUGGCAUCUCAGGCAAGCGUGCCACUGCUAGAGCCAGAGAUGCAUGUUGAAUCUGAGCUGAGGCCAAAACAGGAGAUGCCACAUGCAGGACCGGAGUCGUUCAGGAGCCAUCUCCCAGAAGUGGGAGCCAUUGCAGUUGAAGCCUGCCCAUCCUCUCAAAGUGAGAGCCCGAGCCCUUGCAUGGACCCUCCAGGCUUGUCUCCUACACCACUACAUGAAGCCUCUGUUAGGGCCACACCUCGGAAACUGUACACCUGUGAGCAGUGUGGCCUCAGCUUUGACUGGAAGUCAGUUUUUGUCAUCCACCACCGCACUCACAUGGGUGGGUCAGGCAUAGAAAGACCACCACAAGUGGCCUGGGAGCCAGCAAUACGGCGACCCCCUGGCCUUCGGGGCUAUACGUGCAUGGAGUGUGGGCACAGCUUCAGCUGGAAGUCACAGCUAGUCAUCCACCGCAAGAGUCAUACAGGCCAGCAGCGCCACUUCUGUCUGGACUGUGGGUGCAGCUUUGAUUGGAAGUUUCAGCUGCUCAUUCAUAAGAAGAUCCACCAGCCAGAGGGUCCAUGAACAGCUGGAGAGAGCUGUCUCAUCUGAAGUGCCUCCAGCAUCUAAAGCAGCACUUGAGGCAUCCUCUUCAACCAAGAGAAGGUUCUGAGGGACCCCAAGAAGAUUCCCUGUCCAACGCCAGGCCAUCCAGUGUAAGGAAAAGAGACUGUUCCCUUCCUUCUGCCUCUGCUUUGUGGAGCCAGGCCUGGGCUGGAUCUUAUUUAGCUAUGGCUGAAGUCCAGCUUGUGAAAGGGGAGGACACACACUGUUUCGGGAUGCUCAGAAAUUGUCUUAGGCCCCUCCUUACAGUGGCUGGGCAAGGAGUCUCUGAAAGGUACUGAAAACCAACAACUGCCUUUCCAUCCUGCUGUAUGUGACCCUCAGAAUAAUGUGCUAGAUUUCUAACAUAAGUCUAUAACAGAUUUCUGAGAAGAAUCCUGACUUCUGGCUCCCACCAAUUUUAAAAAAGAGAGAGAGAUGGAGAGAUCGUUCAGAGGUUAAGAGUGCAAAGAUCCUGAGUUGAAUUUGCAGCAACCAUGUGGUGGCUCACAACCAUCUGUAAUGAGAUCUGGUACUGGUGCCCUCUUCUGGCAUGUAGGUAUACAUGCAGGCAGAAUACUAAUAAAUAAUAAAUUAAAAAAAAAAAAAAAGGCCUUGUGUGCUAACUGGCGGCCACAGGAACCACAGGGCAGCUAAGCCUGGAAAGUCCAAUUAGUUCUUUCUGCCAUUUCUGCCAGUCUACCUAGUUCCUUGGCCACACACGUUGUUAACCACCUCCCUGGCUUUUGAAUUCUUGCGUCUGGACUUGGAUGAAAAAUAAGUGACAUUCCUUUGGAAGUAUGAGUGGCUUCUGAGAAGUUAGGAAACAUGGGUCCCUAAGGGUCAGGGCUAUCACACAUGGCCAGUUCAUUAAACUGUAGGGCAAAGAGCCACUCCCUGUUCCCCAGGGGACUGUGACCCUCUGGACAGUCAGGUUUUAUCAGUGCAUGGUGUCCUAUUAACUGUGUCUGUAAACUAGGUGGAUCAAAGCAGAUUUACGUACUAAUUUUCUCAACAUCAAAGUUCUGGAGCAUAUCGCACUAGAUCAAAGUUGUUAGUAGGGUGGCAGGCUCCCCCUGUGAGCUGUAGAAACUACCUGAAACCCUUGGUCUAUGGCCCUUUUCCCCCUCUUUAGCAGUGGGCAGUUGUUUACCUUGUUGAAUCACUGACACUCUGAUUUCUACUUGCUGAGCCUUUGCAGUGGUGUGGGACCCCUUAGAUAUUCCUCUUAAAGUCAGAUGAUAGUCAGUAGAUUUUAUUUUGUUUGAGACAGGCACUCCUAAUGUAGCGUAUACUGGCCUCUAACUAGGGAUUCUCCUGUCUCCAUUUCCUAUGGGUUGGAACUAUAGGCUUGUACAACCAAGCUCAGGUUCUUGUUUUUUGUUUUUUCAAAACAGGGUUUCUCUGUGUAGCCUUGGCUAUCCUGGACUCACUUUAUAGACCAGGCUGCCCUCGAACUCACAGCUAUCCGCCUGCCUCUGCCUCCUAAGUGCUGGGAUUAUAGGCUUGCACCAGCGCACCCAUCCACCCAGGUUAUUUUUAAAUUCUCUGUGUGUGUUUGAGAUAGUCUCAGUUUAAUACCCAGGCUGACCUCAAACUCUUCUAUAGUCCUCUAGCCUGAGCCUCCUGAAUAGUGGGAUUAAAGGUGUGUACCAUUAAGGCCAGACUAAGACUUUAAAUAAUUUUUAAUUUUAAAAUUUAGAAAUAUGGAGCAGGAUUCAAUGUUGUAGGCAGAUCUCUCUGUUAGUUUGAGGUCAGAGUGGUUUACAUAGUGUAUUUGAGAACAGCCAGUAGUUAUGUAGUGAGAUCCUGUCUCAAAAAUAAGAAAUAGUAAAUAAAUUCUAGAGAUGGGCAUAUCAAAGUGUCUUCUAGAAACUUAGAAUUUCAACACUGUCCAUUCUUGCUCUCUACUCUAGUUCAUUCUUUGUUGUUUUUUAGAGGUGUGUGUGUGUGUGUUAUUGUGUGUAUGUAUACCUGGAAGCCAGAAGAGGGUAUCAGGGUCUUCUACCUAUUCAUCUCUGCUUGUUAAUAUUCAUGCUGGAACCCAAGCUGCAGUUCUGGACUUGAACUCUGGUCUUUAAAGGUGCUUUUGACUGUUGAGCCGUAUCUCUGCUUUAUUGGACAGAACAUUAUGGAAGUGUUUGUUCACUCAGUCUGAGUCCCUCCAACUGUUCAUAUGUGGCUCUUCUUUCCUGUCCAGUAGGGUAUAUGCCGUCCCUGUUCUACCUGCACCUGGGCACGAAUUAGGUUUGUGUUUUCAUGCACUCUUUAGAUCACAUGCCUAUUCAUUAUAUUUGUCCUAGACAACUGAAGAACAGUAUCAGUUCAUAGAGCAGGUUCCAGAAACUGCUGUUCACAUUGUUUUUUGUUUCUUUUGUUUUGUUUGAGGGGAGCUGAAAGGAUCUCUCCAUAUAGCGCAAGCCUGCCCUCAGGUCUGUUUAUUUAGUGUGUGUGUAUCUGUGUGAGUUUGUGUGUACCAUAUGCAUGCACAGUGUCCACAAAGGUCAUAAAAGAAAAUAAAAUCUCCUGAAACUGGAGCUACAGGUGAUUGUGAGCCACCACAUGGGUACUAGAAACCAAACCAAGAUGCUAUUCAGGAUCAGCAAGUGUUUUUAACCACUGAGUCAUAUCUCCAGCCCCCUGCCUUAAGUUCUUGAUCCUUGGUGGUGUCUUUUUGUUUUAUUUUUCAAGGCAGGGUUUUUCUGUGUAACAGCUGUGGCUGUCCUGAAACUGUCUGUAUACCAUACUGGCCUCAAACUCACAUGUCCACCUCUUUCUGCCUCUCGUGCUAGGAUUAAGGGCAUGCACCAGAAGGCUGUCUUAAUUGUCACACAGUUUGUGUUUUUCAUAGUUGGUCAUGGUGCAUCCCUGUAAUCCCAGCAGGUGGGAAGGAAAAGGCAGGAGGAUCAGGAGUUCAAGGUCUUUCACAGCUACAUAGAGGUUCCAGCCUGCAUUAAUGGGACCCUGUCUGAUAAACAAAACAACCUAAAAAUAAACAAAAUUGGUAUCAUCUUUUGGUGGUUUUUCUAAUCAUAAUAAAUUUGGAACAAAAGACAGAAUGCAAAGUGUUUGACAAUGGUGCGACAUGCAUAGGAGUGUGGUGUGUGUGUGUCUGAAUGUGUGGAUAUACAUGUGUCCAGGUAUUGUGUACAGGCCUGAAGUUGAUGUUAGACAUCUUCCUCGUUCUUCCAGUUUAUUCUUUGAGUAGGGUCUCUCAGUCAAACCCAGAGCUUGCUGGUAUGACGUGUCUCACCACCCAUCUUGCCCUGGAGAUUAUCUCUGAACCCUGAGGCUGGAGUGACAGAGGAGCCACCACAUGCUCCAACAUUUAUGUGAGUUCUGGGGAUCCAAACUCUUGUCCUUUCACUUGUACCACAAGUACUUUAAAAGAGGAGCCAUUUCCUCAACAGUUGAUAUAACAGUCACUCUAUAUAAAAAAUUUCCAGGGGCUGGAACAAAGUCUCAGCAGUUAAGAAUACUGUCUGCUUUUCCAAAAGACCUGGGUUCAAUUCUUAGCAAUUCCAUGGCAGCUCACAACUGUAACUCCAGUUUCAGAGCAUCUGGUAUCCUCUACUGGCCUUCAUGGGCACUGCACACACAUGUACUGAUGUACAUGCUACAAAAGCUCCAUACAUGUGAAAUAAAACAUUAUGAAAAAAGAGAAGAGGGCCCAUGAGAUGGCUCAGCAGUUAAGAACACUGGCUGCUCUUCCAGAGGUUCUGAGUUCAAUUCCCAGCAACUAUACAGUGGUUCACUAACAUCCAUUAAAAAAAAAUACAUAAAUAAAAUUUUAAAAAGAGAAACUCUCUCUACCAUGUGAGACAUGUAAGAAGAUACCCAUCUGUGGGAUGAGAAGAAAGCCCAUAGAACCUGACCAUGCCCAUAUUCUAAUUUAGAAUUUAGAGCCUCCAUAGCUAGGAAAAGAAGAUAGUGUGCUGGAGUUGCAGCACAUUUGAAGAGAGUACUGGCUAUUUAGUUUUAUGUCAACUUGACAUAAGCUAUAGGUAAGAACUAUCCUUGAAAGGAAGGAAGGAAGGAAAGAAAGAAAGAAAGAAAGAAAGAAAGAAAGAAAGAAAGAAAGAAAGAAAGAAAGAAAGAAAGAGAAAGAAAUAUCCUCCAGCCAGGCAAUGUGCACACCUAUAAUUCCAGCACUUGGCAAGGCAGAGGCAGGUGGGUAUCUGUGAGUUCGAGGCCAGCCUGUCUACAAAAGUGAGUCCAGGACAACCAAGGCUACACACAAAGAAGCCCUGUCUCUAAAAACAUAAAAAUAAAAACAUAAAGAAAAGAGCACUCUGAGGGCUACAGAGAUGGCUCAGAGGUUAAGAGCACUGGCUAUUCUUCCAAAGGUUCUGAGUUCAAUUCUCAGCAAUCACCCAGUGUCUCAUAAUCAUCUAUAAUGAAAUUUGGUGCCCUUUUCUGGUAUGCAGGCAGAAUACUGUUACAUAAUAAAUAAAUCUUUAAAAGAAAAAAAAGCAGUUUGAGCAAUCCAUGAGGAGAAAGCUAGUAAGCCUCCUCCCAACACACACACACUCCCUGUGCCCUCAGCAUCUGCUUAAUGGAUUGUGUUUUGAGUUUUGUAAUCCAAAUAAAUCCGUUGCUGCCCAAACUGCAUUUGAUCAUUGUGGUGGUUUGAAUGAAAAUGGCCCCCCAUAGGCUCUUAGGAAGUGGCACUAUUAGGAAGUGUGGCCUUGUUGGAGUAGUUGUGGUCUUGUAGGAAAUGGGUCAGUUAGGGCGGGCUUUGUGGUUCAGAAGGUCAAACCAAGACCAGUGUUAUUAUCUCUUCCUGCUGCCUGCUGAUCCUACCUAGAACUCUUCAGCAAUGUCUGCUACUGCACUGCCAUGCUACCCACCAUGACAGUGAUGCUCUAAAACCUCCAAACUGUAAGCCAGCCCCAAUGGAAAUGUUUCCUUUAUAUGAGUUGCUGUAGUCAUUGUGUCUCUGCUGAGCUUUUGCUUUCAUGUUCUGUGUACACUACCUCACCUACCUAGAUGUAGAUUGUCUCUACCAGAAAUGUAAAAAAAUACAGAUCAGUUUUUUUUUUUUUUGUUUUGUUUUGUUUUUAAUGAAACUGGGGAUAAAAGUCUCAUGUUAAUACAUAAGAGACCAAUUCUGAUUUAGGCAUUGUGGCCCAUAUCUGCAAUCCCAAUACUAACAGGUUGUGGUAAAAGGAUUAAAGUCCAAAGUUAUCUUGCUUAAGUAGUCAGACUGUCCAAAAUAUACAGAAAUCACUUGGGGCAAAUAUUUGUCACAAAUAAUACAUGAAAAAAACAUUUUUUUUUGAGAUAGGAUCUCUUUGUGUAGCCCUAGCUGUACUGAAACUCAGCUCAUAGAGAUCUGCUUGCCUCUGCAUGCCAAGUGCUGAGAUUAAAGGCAUGCACCACCACCACCACCACCAGGUUAAAAAAAAAAAUCUAUUAAAAAAACAAAAAACAAAAACAAAAAUGGGGCUGGAGAGAUGGCUCAGUGGUUAAGAGCACUGUCUGCUCUUCCAGAGGUCCUGAGUUCAAUUCCCAGCAUGCUCACACAUACAUGCAGAUAAAGUACUUACUAAAAAAAAAGCCAAGUGUGUUAGUGCACACCUUUAAUCCCAGCAUUCAGGAGGCAGAGGUAGAUAGAGCUCUAUGAGUUUGAAGGCAGCCUGGUCUACAAAGUUUAGGACAGCCAAGACUAUACAAGGAAACCCUAUCUCGAAAAACCAGAAAAACAAACAAACAAACAAACUCAAUGAACAUGAUAGUGAAUGCCGUUAACCUUAGCACUCAAGCAGAGGCAGGUGGAUAGCUGUGGUUUGGAGAGGCCUGCAUGAUUGACACAUCCAAUUUCAGGUCAACUAGAGCUACACAGUAAGACCUUGUCUCAAACAAACAAAACUCAUGUAAUCUGACCAUGGUAGUGCAUGCCUAUAAUCCCAGCACUUGGGAGGCAGAGGCAGGCAAAUCUCUCUGAGUUCAAGGCCAGUUUGGUCUACAAAGCAAGUCCAGGAUAGCCAGGGUUACACAGAGAAG